AAGUCAUUCAUCUGGAAUGAGCAGCUGCAAUGGGAAUUCGCUGGUACUGUCUGUUAUUAACUAUCACAUUUUGUGAUCUCAUUCAAAGAUCUGAAUGCCAUCUUAGCAUCACUGUGGCACCCACGAAUGGCAAUAAUACUAAGUGUUUGUCAAAUAAUUUUACCACUCCAUGUCGAACAUUGAAAUUUGCAUUGAACUAUGUUCUUGGGUCAGUCGAAACUUCGGUCGAUAUUCAUAUUGAAGAAUCGCAGUAUUUAAUCGAUGAACCUCUUCAAAUUCACACGGACGAAAACCGAUCCUUGCUUCUUAGGUUGUUUUCUAAACAGCCCACUAUUCGUUUCACUUGCACCGAUGUUGCCCGCAGAAUUUUCAACGUGUUCGGACGAAACUUGUUCUUGGAGUUUUAUAAUAUCACCUUCGAGAACUGUGGCAGGAACGCUUGGGCGAAAUAUGCAGAGGUUAUGCCGGCAAUAACAGUCACUGAUACUAAUAAAGUAUCAUUCUAUUCCUGUGCUUUUCAAGAUAAUAAUUGCAGUGCUCUCUUUGUUGAAAAUUCCAAUGUCCACAUAGAAUACUGCCGAUUUGUAAGAAAUACGAAUAAGUUUAUUUAUAGCAAACACUUGUUCCGCUCCAAUAUGAGUGCAUUUAGUGGGGGAAUAGGCAUAUUGUUUCCAAAUGGAUCCCGAAAAAAUAUGUCAGUUAAUGUAUUUCACACUACAUUUAUUAACAAUAGUGUGCAUGCAGACGGUAGCAAGUAUUACGUUGCCCAUAAGCAGGAGAACGCUGUAAAAAAUGGUGGGGCAAUUCACGUUACAUUCAUUGACAAAUCAAGCUCUUGGACAACAAUAAACAUUACAUCAUGUCGUUUCGAAGGAAAUAAUGCCACAUUCGGAGGUGCUUUAUUGAUUGAACUUUUUGGCGCUACGUUGUACAACGAAAUAUUCAUUUCUUCAAAUCAAUUUAUUAGAAAUUACGGCGCCCAGGCGGGCGGAGCAUUUCUUCUUUCAUUCUGGGAUUAUUCGGCUAAAACACGACUGAAAAUGGUCAACAGUCUCUUUGAAGAAAACUUGUCUAAGAGUGGUAGCGCUAUAUAUGUUUUCCUUCAAUCUUACUACAGUUCACCCCAAGAAAGUGAAGAGAUAUUAUUAUUUAAAUAUCUAAAUAUUGCUCGCAACUCUGGACCAGUUGGCUCUGCUGUAAAAAUUGCGUCGCAUCUAUAUGGUCCUCGUUCAUCAAAUCAGAUUCCUGUCUUUGAAAAUUGUUUGUUUAUUAAUAACAUAAACUCGGCUUUGAAUGGUUAUGCGUAUUUGCCUUCGUUUAUUAUCGAUCGCGUCAAUAUUGUUUUAAAUGGCUCAAACACAUUUAUUGGCAACAGUUUCUUUGGUGCGGCGUAUUUUAGUAAUUCCCUCAUUCAGGUCUAUGGCAAGCUGCAUUUUCUGAGAAACAUGGGCUUACAAGGCGGUGCAAUUUCAUCGCAAAAUUCUCAAAUAGUUGUACACCCAGGCUCGGAUCUUCUGUUUCAAGAUAACUUCGCUUCAUUUGGAGGUGGUGCAAUCAAUGUUGUUACAAAUGUGGCUUAUCAUGUUGGCGUAAAAAAUAAUCCGUUUUGUUUUCUGGUUUAUUCAAAUAUGGCCAUCAGUCCUAACGAAUGGAAUGUAAAUAUAAGUUUCAUCAACAAUAGUGCGACGUUACGGGGUCCAGCAAUUUGUAUUGAUUCGUUAAUGAUGUGCGCCUGGGAUUCGUAUUCCCAGAAACUGGACUUUAAGAAAACGUUGAAAUGGAAGCCAACGUUUUACUAUGAAGGCAAUGCUUUGUGUCCAAGUUCAGACAUUUUUGAACUAUGUUACGCUAGGGCCAAUGGAACCGAAGCUAUCUCUACAUAUGUUUCCAGUCUCGAAGAAAAAAAUGGAAUAGAAACAAUUAAGACAUGCCCUGGUGAAGUAAUGUCGCUGGAAAUGGUUGCGAGAGAUGAACUGAAUAAUUCCGUUUUUUCAAUCGUUGCUGACAAAGUAUCUAACUCUGAUAGUUCUCAGUCUCGUUGGCUUCAGUCACCCGAAACAUUCACUCCCCUCUCGCGAGCAAGUAACACCGUAAAAUUCAAGUACACUUACAAUUCAAGUUUUGAAAUUCCAAUGAACACAGCCGCUGAGGUGUAUUAUUAUGACAUAUUUUCAAAUGGUCGAGUGUUCGUUCACUUUAGUCUUCGCCCUCAAGCAUGUCGGCCUGGAUUCGUUCAGGAAAACGAGUUGUGUGUAUGUGAUAAAAAUAAGACUGGGAUUUUGGGAUGUACUGAGGAUGGGCACUUUGUCCAAUAUGAGGAAGGCUACUGGGUUGGUGUGAUUAAUGGUGUUUUUACAGUAUUUCCAUGUCCUUAUGGCUAUUGUUCCUGCCCCGAUACUUCAAGACAAAGUGGCACCGAAGUAAGCGGUUGUUUUUUCAAUGUUGUGAACGGGACCGAGACUGAUGUUUGUGCUAAUAAUCGCAACGGCAAGCUUUGUGGUGAUUGCCAAGAAAAUUACACGGUUGGAAUACAAACAUUUCGUUGCGUUCCAAAACAUGGAAAUACAUCAUGUCAAUGGACCAACGUUUUUUCAUUUAUUUUCACAAUUAUGUUCUGCAUUAUCAUUCUUUACUUCAAUCCAGGAUUAGAUAAUGAGCUUCGAGGUCCACUAUUCUUCUUUCAAGUUCUACCGUUAUUUUUCCCUCCUACUCAGUAUACAACGAAAGGGACUAUCAAUGUUUACAACUUUGUUUUCUUCUUGUCCUCCAUAUUCGAUUUUACAAUCCCUUUCUUUGGUUAUUUAUUUUCUCAAUGCUAUAUUCUAAAUGAUCAGGAUAAUUUGGACAUGCUGGCUUGGAGCUAUAGUUCCUCGGUCAUAGCUCUGCUUGUCUCUCUUGUCGCAUUCUUUCUCAGCUAUAAACGUGUUAUUCUGAUAAGAAGAAAAAACGCUGUACAAUGUUUCUGGGUUUUGUUGAUAUUGAUGUACUCCAGCCUUAUGAACACAUCGUUAAACAUUGUCGACUGUGCUUCAAUCCAAGGAAAGUUGCGUCUUUUCGCACAAGCGUCGGUGAUUUGUUACAAAGGCAAGCACUUAGUUUUGUCAAUUGUUGCCUAUACCAUUUUGAUACUUGGAGUUAUAAUACCAAUACUGAUUCUUGUUCUCACCACGACAAAUCGUCUAAACAUUGCUCCACAUUACCUGGACACAUUAACAAACAAUCUAAAAGAGCGAUGUGUGUUUUGGUGGAGUGUGGACCUAUUGCGGCGCCUUCUCAUCGUUGCGUUGGGCGACUUCAUGCACAUCUGGAAGCAUAAACAGGUUGCUUUGGUAAUCGCGACAACAUUUAUUUUGACUAUCCACUGUUACUUCCAGCCAUAUGAAGAAACACGGGCAAAUUUUUCAGAGAUGAUAUUCUUAUUCGUGUUGUCAGCACUGGGUGUCUUUCAAAUGAUGGAUAUUGCAGAUAACGAUCGGGACAGGACAAACUUGGCUAUCGUUAUUCUCAUGUGGCUGUAUACCCUCAUUCUUGUUAUGAUUAAGCUAGUCGCAUUUGUUAAAAACAGAGCUAAUACCUCAACUGACAAUGAAGAUUACGAAAGACUCGAGGAUACAAGUCCGCCUGAUACUUCAAACCUUGCUUCAGCGAUUGAUCAAACUCUUGAAGACAGACGAGAAAAACUGGCAUAUUUGUUCUCAAGAUCUGAAACUCCUCCGCCUCAGGUCAAUAGAGACAGCGAUGGAACAACUGCUUGAUUGACUGUGACUUUGGUAUGCAACUAAUCAAUAAACUUCUGGUUAUGGGAUUGGUUUUAAUUGUACUUUAAAAUACAGAAAAGUAAUUAAUAGGUACUUAAAUAAGGCUUUACUUAUUUGAGGUUUUACUGGGGUGUACAUAUCGAUUUUGGUUGGGGUUGGGGGAAAUCUCGUUUACCGAGCCUGCAAUAGAUUUGGGUUUGUUGAAAUGAGACCUGCUCCGUUAUGCUCGGGCAUGUCUGCGUUUCAAUAUUUUACCUAACCGAAUUUCGUGCGCUGUUAUACAUAAGUUGAAAUUUCAUCUUGGUCGUUGAAUCAAACCUCGGGAAACGAGAUUGUCAAUGUAUAUAUUUGAAAGUUAGGCCGAUACGUGUAAUAGCGCGGACACCUAUAAUUUAUGUUCCAGCUAGCUAAGAGCGUAAGACAUUUGAAAUUUUAAAACCGGCUAAAAAUAUAGGUCCUUUGCAACCAACUUCCUACCUUGGGUUUAUCCGAGGCAUGUCAUACACCGAGAA